GCGCAACAAAUUGAUCGCCCCUAAUCUGGUCGGCGGUGGUCCACCGAACAGAAAUCAGAAGAAAUUAUCGAUCUUCUCUGGACUUUCGAGAAGGGAAAGGAAUAAUAUUGUUGGUCGAGAAAAGGUUACCGUUCGCUCAUGAUCGUUCGUCCAAAUCCAGUUGAAGACUGACCACACACAAACAAAAGAAUUGGCGUUUCUUCUUUAUUUGGGACAUAAAUAGAGCUUUCCCAAAAAUUUCUGUAUUCGAUUUGUUUUUUGUUUCGAUUGAAGCCUCUGGGAGGAGACAAGGAUUUCUGUAGUUUUUUAUUUAGUUGGAGGUGAAGAUGGCAACAGUAGGACAUGCCCGUCCGACCAGUUGGUUUAACCAGAAGAUCGUCGAUCCUCUCCUCCAAAUCCUACAGAGGGGCGCAGAGCCGAAGCAACUGGCAUUCUCUGCAGCUCUAGGCAUAACCCUGGGAUUGUUUCCUAUAUGCGGGGUCACUGUUUUCCUAUGCGGGUUUGCAAUUGCAUUUCUUGGAUCACUUUGUCAUGCUCCAACAGUGAUGCUUGCUAACUUUAUUGCUACUCCCAUAGAAUUAAGUUUGGUGGUGCCUUUCUUGCGCUUUGGUGAAGCUAUUUCCGGGGGAGCUCGUUUUCCAUUUACACCUGAUGCUUUUAAGAAAGUUUUUACUGGCCAAGCUUCGCAUGAAGUACUAUUGAGUAUUGCUCACGUGUUGUUGGGAUGGCUUGUUGCUGCACCCUUUAUUCUGGGCGUUGGAUAUUUCUUAUUUUUACCAUGUUUCAAGAUUUUGGUCCGCAAGUUCGGCACGGUUGCUUCAAGCCCUAAGAAGUUGCCUCAUUCGCACUCAGAAAUCAAACUGAAGGUGAGAGAUGUCUGAUUUAAGGAUCCCAGUCUCCCAGAAAUGGUGCAUUUCCUGGAAACUUGGUGCAUUAACAUGGUAACCUUCCUUUGCAUGUAUCACUAAGGCGUUACUGUGCUCGGUCGAUGCCCGUUAUCUGUUUUCAGUUGCUUCGCUUUGUAAUAUUAUGAAUAGAGUCUUCUGGAUAUCAAAAUAUCAUAAAAGCUGGGCUGGCUACUAUUACAGAAUGAAACUGAUGCAAGGAUAUUAUUCUAUUCAUUGCAUUAUUGCAUUGAAUAUGUAACCUACUUUCACCAAUAAACCUUUGAAAUGUCAAGUUCUGAAAUUGAAGGGCGAAAA